UUUGAGAUAACCUGAAUCUGAGCUGGAUGAGCUUCAAUGAAAAAUAAACUAUGAUGAACUGAACAAAAAGCAGUGUGGCAGGAUAUGAAGUGCGGGGAUGAAACAUUAAUUUCUUCUUCAUGAAGACAUCUCAUCAUUACUUUCACAAUGAUUCCCAUUUUGCAGCAUACUUUUAUAAUUGCUGCUAUUUUCUUCCUUAAUUUUGAACUGUUUUGCUGCCUUUGUGGACGAGCUGAAUAUGAGACGAAUGGAGAAUGCUGUCCCAUGUGUUCACCUGGUAACCGAGUUUAUAGACAUUGCGCUAAAUUCACCAGCACAACCUGUAUGCCAUGUAUUGACUCAACUUACACUGAUGAGCCCAAUGGUCUUUUAAAGUGCAUUAGCUGUACAGUGUGUAAUAUGGGUGCAGGAUUAAGAGUAAAAACACCCUGCACACGAAUUUCAAACACAAUUUGUGAGCCACUAGAGGAAUUUUAUUGUAUAGAUGAGGACAAGGGCAGCUGUAGACAAGCUGUAGAACACACAAAAUGCAAGCCUGGACAAUAUAUAAAGCAGAAAGGAACAGCAGUUAGUGAUGUUGAAUGUGCAGUGUGUUCAGAUGGCACCUACUCCAAUGGCUCCCUUCAGAUUUGUCAACUUUAUACAAAGUGUGAAGAUUUGGGACUUGAAGAAAAGACAAAAGGAACAAAUUCCUUUGAUGUUGAAUGUGGACCAAAAACUCCAGUAGCUCUAAUAACCAUUCUCAUAGUUAUAGUAGUGGCAAUAGUUUUGGUUAUCACGAUGAUAAAGAGAAUAAAGAAGACGUUUUCAACUCUUCUACAGGAGGAAAUGGAGGACAGCCGUCUGAAAGCAGGGAGUACACCAAAGAAACCAACAACAGCGAGGAGAAACAGCGCAGUUCAUAUAGUGAACACCCAGUUCUGA